AUCUCUUUCCUCUUUUUCUCAAACAACAUGCACAAAUCUUCAUUUACCUUAGAAUCUUAGAUACAGUUACGAUCCUCUAAUUCAGGAAGAAAUGGGUUUCAUCUCAUCACCUGCUGGGGCACUUUGGAUUCCUCUACACUGCACUGUGGUUUCUUCUAGUAAUGAUGGUGGGUGUAUUAGGAAUUUGGGUAUUAGGCCGCGUCAUGUGAUCUUUAGAAGUCCAUAUAGCAGUUCUUGCAGAAAGUAUUUACAUACUGGCAACUGGUUCUGGAGAUCAAGAACUCAUGUUGUGUCAAGUAAGGGUAAUGGGAAUGAAUAUUCAUCACGGAAUGAAGUGUUUGAAGGGGAUGAAUUGAUGGCUGCUAGAAAGGCUCUUUCUGAGGCCAAGGUUAGGCAAGAAGUCCUAGAAAAAGAAAGAGACCAGUUGCUCGAAGAGUUGGUUCGUUUGGAAUCCAGGAAUCAGGAAUAUGUGGCUUCCAUUUUGCAUGAAAAGGAUGUGGCCAUUUCAGAACUGGAGUCGGCCAAAUCUCUGUUCCAUCAGAAGCUGCAGGAGUCUAUUGAACAGAGGUUUUCCUUGGAGUCUAAGUUGGUUCUGGCAAAACAAGAUGCUGUUGAACUUGCAGUGCAAGUUGAAAAGUUGGCGGAAAAUACUUUCCAUCAGGUUACAUCUUACAUUUUAGAUGAUGCUCAACAAAGGGUCUCAGCCGCAGAGACUUCAGCUGCUGAGGCAGCUUAUCAAAUUGAAGAGAAAAUAAGAAACGCCACUGAAGGUGCCAUAUUAUCUGUUAUUGAGCAGUCAAAAGAUGCUAUAGCAAAGGCCCUUGAUAUGGCAGAAAGAGCUGGGGAACAUGCAACAACAUCUGCUGCAGCUUCUAUUGAUGAUAUAAAUCCCGUUGAUAUGAUUUCUUCUGUUCAGUCUGAAAAUAUUGAGUUACACAGUGCUGUGAAUGAUUUAGAAUCUCAGUUAUUACUUGCAAAAAGCGAGUUUGAUAGGUUGAAGUUGGAGUUGCAACAGGCUCAUUCACAAGCAAAUGCAGCUGAACUCCGAGCCCAUGAUGCAGAGAAAGCAUUGGUUGAAUUUCAAGAGUCAAGCAGGAAAAAGUCUCUUGAACAGGAAGAGGAGAUUAGGUUAUUUCUGGAGAAAAUGAGGAAAGAUGCUGAACAGAGAGAGAAGGCUGUUUCUGAGUCUUUAAAGGCAGAGUUGGAAAGUAUCAAGGCUGCCAUUGAAGCUGCCCAAGAAACAACACGUUCCAAGGACAUUGUCUACGCAAGAAGCUGCCAAGCAUUACAGAGAUCAAUAAGGGCCUCAGAAUCUGCUUUAAAGGUAUGGAGACAGAGAGCAGAGAUGGCAGAGUCGCUACUAUUGAAUGAUGGACCUCAAAGUGAAGAGGAUGAGGAUGUCAUUUACACUGUUAAUGGUGGACGAAUAGACCUUUUGGCUGAUGAUGAUUCACAAAAAUGGAAACUUUUGAGUGAUGGUCCUCGUAGGGAGGUACCUCAAUGGAUGGCAAGGAGGAUCUGGGCAAUUCGUCCCAAGUUUCCACCCAGAAAAGUUGACAUAACUGAAGCCUUAGAAUCAAAUUUUAGAUCCUUGGAAUUGCCCAAAUUGGAUGAGGUGUGGUCAAUUGCUCAAGAAAAGCCAAGAGAAGGUGAUGUACUUAUAGAGCAUGUAAUUGAGAAGGAGACAAUAGAGAAGAAACGGAAGGCUCUGGAACGUGCGCUUAAACGGAAGACAACUAAAUGGGAGAGCACUCCAGAAAAAGCAAAAUCUGAACCAGGAACAGGAACAGGAAGAGAGAUUGUGUUUCAAGGUUUCAACUGGGAAAGCUGGAGAAGGCAGUGGUACCUGGAAUUAGCUCCUAAAGCUGCUGAUUUAUCUCAAUCUGGAAUCACAGCAGUAUGGUUCCCGCCACCAACAGAAUCUGUUGCCCCUCAAGGUUACAUGCCUUCUGACCUUUACAACUUGAAUUCAGCGUAUGGAUCCAUGGAAGAACUGAAACACUGUAUAGAGGAGCUGCAUGCUCAUGACAUCCUGGCAUUGGGAGAUGUUGUGCUUAAUCACCGAUGUGCAAAAAAACAAAGUCCAAAUGGUGUCUGGAAUAUUUUUGGUGGCAAGCUUGCAUGGGGGCCGGAAGCAAUUGUUUGUGAUGAUCCUAAUUUCCAGGGCUGUGGAAAUCCUUCAAGUGGUGAUAUAUUUCAUGCAGCCCCAAACAUUGAUCAUUCUCAGGAAUUUGUUCGAAGUGAUAUAAAGGAAUGGUUAAACUGGCUACGGAGUGAUAUUCGAUUCGAUGGAUGGCGUCUUGACUUUGUCCGAGGAUUCUCGGGCACUUACGUGAAAGAAUAUAUUGAAGCUUCUAAUCCUGCAUUUGCCAUUGGGGAAUAUUGGGAUAGUUUGGCUUAUGAAAAUGGUAACCUGUGUUACAACCAAGAUGCUCAUCGGCAACGGAUAGUCAAUUGGAUCAAUGCCACAGGUGGUACUUCCUCAGCUUUUGAUGUUACCACAAAGGGGAUACUUCACUCUGCUCUGCACAAUGAGUAUUGGAGGUUGAUAGAUCCUCAAGGUAAACCACCGGGUGUGAUGGGAUGGUGGCCAUCGCGUGCAGUUACAUUUUUGGAGAACCAUGAUACAGGAUCAACACAGGGCCAUUGGCCAUUUCCACGUGAGAAACUUGCACAAGGAUAUGCAUACAUUCUAACCCAUCCUGGAACACCUGUAAUCUUCUAUGACCAUUUCUAUGAUUUUGGCUUGCGUGACAUCAUAACUGAGUUAAUAGAGACUAGAAAGCAGGCUGGGGUCAAUUGCCGAAGCUCUGUCACAAUAUACCAUGCAAAUAAUGAAGGUUAUGUUGCGCGGAUAGGUGAUACACUAAUAACAAAACUAGGCCAUUUUGAUUGGAACCCCUCGAAGGAAAACCAGUUGGAGGGAAGCUGGCAGAAGUUUGUUGACAAAGGAUCAGAUUAUCAAGUCUGGACACGACAAUAAUCUGAUAUAAAGAAAAGAUGGAACCUUUUCUAAUCGUCCAUCAUGCUCUAUCUUUGGAAAUAUUCUUUAGCAUCUUGGUUCACGAAUGCAUCCAGUAGGAUGUGAAAUUGCAGCAUAAACUCAACCUGCUUCUAUGAUGUCAAGGCUCAGGAUGUCUGACUGUGGGUGAUAAACUAGUUCAGACAUUUCUGCCGAGAAGAUAAUAAUCAUCCGGAAGAGAGAUGGAAAAUAAGGGAUCAGAUUAUAUAUGAAUCAUUGUCAAAGCAAUAAUCUAAUUAAACAAGC